AACGGCACCCGGUGCCGUCCCCGUCCCGCGCCAGUCCAUGUACGAUGAAUCUGUUCAAAUUCUUUUUCUUCUUCGGAGCGAAACUCCCCGUGCGCUGCAAGUCCACCUGAUGAUGACCUCCAUGAAUUCUCUUGCUUACCUUUGUCGUCCAGACACGAGACAGAGAAUGGAACAUCUGCAGGCGGGUGGAAAGGGACCUCGUUUUGGAAUCUUCGAACGUCGUGUUUCGUACUUUGUAAACAUCGACCCAAGUUGUCGCAUGUGCCUGGACUGUUCCCCAGCUGAAACAAUGACUUGGGGUCUUCUCCAUCUCAUAGGCAGACGCCAGUUCGAUCGGUCGGGGGGCAAGAAUGGGGAGAGCGUGGGAAAGAUCGAAGCUUCUGAUCUGGGCUUGGUGCGUCCUAUGCGGGUCUUGCGUGGGAAGGUUUGUGGUGGAGAAGAGCAGCUUGAAGGUGUCUACGCCGAAAUCGUUGAAGGGAAGUUACGAGAGUUCGAUGGGGAAUUUCGGCGUCCCUCUAUAUGGAGGGUCGCUGCUAGGGACCGUUGUUUAUCCGGACGACAAUCGGGAUGCCUGCAAGAGCUUCGAAGGUUUCAAUGCUUCGUUGGCGACCGCUCCUAGGGGAUCGCCCACUAUAUUACUUGCUGAUCGAGGAGGUUGUUUCUUCACAACGAAGGCAUGGAAUGCGCAGAAUGGCGGCGCUGCUGCGAUUCUUGUUGCAGACGACAAGAAAGAUGAGGACUUGAUCACCAUGGAUGCCCCAGGAGAAAACCAUGGUGAUUCUGAUUAUCUUCAGAACAUCACUAUUCCCGCUGCAUUUAUCACAGAAUCAUUAGGAGAUAACAUAAAGAAAGCUUUGUCUGCUGGGGAGAUGGUUAUUGUUACCCUUGACUGGACUGAAGCUCUUCCUUAUCCAGAUGAGCGGGUUGAGUAUGAAUUCUGGACAAAUAGCAAUGAUGAGUGUGGGCCAAAAUGUGACACUCAGAUUGAGUUUGUUAAGAACUUUAAGGGGGCUGCACAAAUACUUGAGCACAAAGGGUACGCUCAGUUCACACCACACUAUAUAACGUGGUUCUGCCCCAAACAAUUUCUUUCGACCGAGGAGUGCAGGUCACAGUGUAUUAACAGCGGGAGGUACUGUGCUCCUGAUCCCGAGCAGGAUUUCAGUAAAGGUUAUAAUGGAAGGGACGUUGUACUUCAGAAUUUACGUGAAAUUUGCUUUUUUAAAGUGGCUAAUGAGAGCAACAAGCCAUGGCUCUGGUGGGAUUUUGUAAGUGACUUUGCAAUUCGGUGCCCAAUGAAAGAGAAGAAGUUCAACAAAGAGUGCGCAGAAAAAGUCAUCCAAUCACUUGGUGUUGAUCUCGAGAAGAUAAACCAAUGCAUAGGUGACCCAGAUGCCGACAAGGACAACCCAGUCCUCAAAGCUGAACAGGACGCACAGAUUGGCAAAGGGUCUCGUGGAGAUGUUUCCAUUUUGCCUACAUUAAUCAUUAACAAUCGACAGUACAGAGGUAAAUUGGAUAGAGAAGUGGUUCUAAAAGCCGUAUGUGCAGGUUUCCAAGAAACCACUGAACCAGAUAUUUGCUUAAGUUCAGAUAUUGAAACAAAUGAAUGUCUGGAAAACAAUGGGGGUUGCUGGCAGGACGAAGUUGCUAACAUUACUGCAUGCCAGGAUACAUUUCGGGGAAGAGUUUGUGAAUGCCCUCUUGUGCAAGGUGUGAAAUUUGUUGGCGAUGGCUAUACACACUGUGAAGUCAAGAACUUGACAGCUUCUGGAGCUCCACAAUGUGAAAUCAACAAUGGCGGCUGCUGGAACGAAACACGUGGUGGCAGGACAUUCUCUGCUUGUGUUGAUGACAGCAGCACCGGUUGCAAAUGUCCUCCUGGCUUCACCGGAGAUGGUGUAAACUCCUGUGAAGAUGUGGAUGAAUGCAAAGAAAAGAAAGUCUGCCAGUGCCCAGAAUGCAAAUGCAAGGACACAUGGGGCAGCUUUGAGUGCACCUGCAGUGGUGGAUUACUGUACAUGCAGGAAUAUGAUACCUGCAUAAGUACACACCCUGUCACAAAGUCUUUUGGAGUAUUUUUCUGGAUUGUCAUUUUCGGCUUGACCGCUGCUGGAGUUGGAGCAUACAUGGUGUACAAAUAUAGAAUCCGGAGUUACAUGGACUCCGAGAUACGAUCAAUCAUGGCACAGUACAUGCCACUGGAUGGUCAGGCAGAGGUGCCGAGUCAUGGCUCUCAUACCGAUAUCUGAAGGGAGACGUGUGUGGAGGGACUCCAUCACGUAAUACAGAUUUUUAUAUAAGCUAAUGGCUUUACCACGUACAUGGUUAUUCUCUGACAUCACUGGUUUAUAAAUCCUUCGACACGGGCAGUGUCACUUGCUGGCCUUUGCUUUUCAUAGCAACCGAACGUAUUUGCUGUCUUCUUUGGUUUACAUGUAUCUGUGCCUUUUCAAUACAUUUUCCCACUUUGUAUAAAGAAAAAGAAUCAUUCGAGACUUAAAUGGGCAUAGCAGUUACUUGUUUA